ACACCGCCGCUCUCUAAAUGCGUCUUUACAACAACUUCAAUGCUUUGAUUGUACGUGCUUGUAAAAAAAAAUAAACCUCCCUCCAGCCAGCCCACUUCCACAGGAUUCUGCUGGAUUGAAAAAUAUGAACUGGGAGACGGUCGCUCUUCAUAGCCUUAUUUGAAAUAGCAACUUGGAUAUCACGGAAUAUUAUUUUAAUUACGUUGUGAAGCGCAGUCUUUAGCACAGUUACGCUUAUUGUCAGAGCCUGAGCGAUUUUGGCAUGGCAGAGUGUGAUGAAAGCACAGGUGGGGCAUGGAAAGAGAAGUACAUGGCUCUCGAGGCCCUGCUCUUCAAGUUCCGUGGACAAAUGAGCAUGGUCAGAGAGCUCACAACAGAAAAGAUGCAGCAGUUGGAGGCCCAGGUACUGGAAGCAGAACAACGUGCAUAUGAAGCCAACCAGCAGGUGCAGUGGAUGGAAGAGCGUCUAAAGGCAUCAGAUAUCCAGUCAAGUGAUUCAGACGUGAGGCUCUUCAGGCGCUGUCAAAAUCUUCAGUCAGUUCUGCAGGAGAAAGAUGAGCUUAUUGCCACUCUAGAAAAACAGCUAGAGGAACAGAAACAGAAUCGAAUCCAAGAUGCCAGGACUGUGGAAGAAAAAGCAGCCAAAAUUAAAGAAUGGGUUAUGCGGAAGCUAAAUGCAUUUGAGACAGAGAACACCUCUCUGAGGGAUAGGCACCAACAGCUAGAGGCUGAGAUUCAAGUCCUGAGAAGACAGCUGCAAGCUAUGGAUCAGUGCUCUGAUGGAACACUCCAGCCAAUUGUGGGUGAGCCCAAGCGGCUUAGCAGCCUGACUUUUGGCUGUUUCCAAAUCAGAGGGAAGAGUCCUCAGGUACAGACAGGCCCAGAACCAUCCCAGAGAAGCAUCAGUACCCUGCAAGAAGAUUCUGGAGAUAAGCAAGAGAGCCCAGAAACACAGCGUAUCAGCCGUUGCUCUAAGGAGAGAUCUGAAAAUGAGGGUGAGCAAGAAAGCACUGGACACAAGUUGUCUUGUGGUGCCUCCUCUGUGCUUUCAAGCACUGCUUCGGAAGGGGAGAGAAGUCUAUUUGAAGGGUUUUGUUUCAGCCAUACCACCAGUGAGGCCUAUCACACCACUUCUGAUGACAGCAGCUCAUUGUUUGAUGAUGACAUGCAGCGUUUGGAGUGCUCCAGACUUAGUAUUUCUGAUACCAAAAGCACUUUAAAGAAGGGCAACAAGGUGGAAGACACUGAAGAUGGAUCCUCAGAUGAGCUGAACAAGCACUUCCAGUCACAAUAUCUGGAUUCCUCAUCAUCUUCCAGUGACACAAAUACCCGCAGUCCCAUUCUAACUCCAGUUCUCACACCAAAAAGGCCCACCCCUUCUCAGGACUCUCAAGACACCCCAGCUUCCCCUAAGCAACCUCGACUGCGCAAUCCAAAUGCUUUUGAGGUUAGUUUGGCACUUUUGAAAAAGCAUAUGAGUCAGCCUCCGGUGUAUAGUAAAGCUGCUCAUGGGCGCACAAGAAAUGCCAUCAGCAUGCUACGUUCUCUAGAGCCUCAAGAAACAGACAUGAAUGAGGACCAAAAGAUGGAGACUGGUGAAAAAGAACAUAGUGAUGUGCUACCCGAGGAACCUCAAACACCCAACACCUCUGCAGCCAUACCCGGAAGUAAACCUCCAACCCCUCCAUUACACAGGCUGCCCUCUUGGGAGAGCAGAAUAUAUGCUGUGGCCAAAUCUGGAAUUCGUUUGUCAGAGAUAUCAUGUACAGAUGUAGUUAAUAAAGACCACUGCAACGCAUCUUCAUGCCCCUCCUACAUGCUCUACACAUCCUUUAUCUACAGCAACAACAGUACACCUGUCUUCACCACACACAAAGGGAAUGUGACUUUGUUAAGCAAUAGUACGUGUUCAGAGGAGUCAUCUAGUUCUGAAGAGGAGGAGAGCUCAGAGGAAUUUCAGUCUAAUUCUGGAGAGGAUGAAAAAGCCCAGACUUCUGGAUCAGAGUCACAUAAGAGCCACAGGAGCUCCCACUCCUUUAAGAGAGCUGUCUCAUUGUCUUCGAUGACAUCUGAGAGUGACUACGCCAUACCCCCUGAUGCCUACUCCACUGAUACAGAGUGCUUUGAACCUGAAAGCAAACAGCCAAAGACCUGCUCAUCCAGUGGCAACAUUCUGAAUGAGUCUAUGGAGAAAUCCGGGUACCUGCUCAAGAUGGUAAAGACAUGGAAGAAAGCAUGGAAAAGGCACUGGUUUGUUCUGAAGGAUGGAGAGCUUCUAUUCUACAAAUCACCAAGUGAUGUCAUUCGUAAACCCCUCGGCCAGAUUGAACUGAAUGCAUGUAGCACUAUAACACGUGGUGAUGAGAAACAGAUGCUUCAGGUAGUCACUGGUAAAAGUGUGUGUUAUCUGAAGGCGGAUUCCCCAAACCUCCUGGAGGAGUGGGUGAGGGUUCUUCAGAGUGUCCAGAGGAUCAAGGCCGCUAGUCCGGUAUUCACUCAAUUGGACAUGCGGCCUGUUAUUAAGGGACACUUGACGAUGGUGAAGCAUGGCUGCUCUAAGCAUGUGUGGUGUGCCCUUUUUGGAAAGACUCUCUACUUUUUCAGAAAUCAAGAGGACAAGUUUCCCCUAGGUCAAAUCAAAAUGUGGGAGGCCCGUGUGGAGGAAGAACAUAAGUCAUGUGACCUUGCUGAACUCUCUGCUCAACACACCAUCUCCGUUCAGUCAGGCAGGCAGGGGUCAACAUACCUGCUGAUCGACUCGCCUCAUGAGAAGAUGGCAUGGGUUUACCAUUUGUCUGUGGCAGCUGGAACUGCAGUGGGGCAGGUGGGCACUGAGUUUGAGCAGCUGGUUGGUAAGCUGCUCAACAUGGAUGGAAACCAAGGGUCUCAGCUCUGGAGGCACCCGACGCUAUGUUUCAGUAAAGAAGGACUGCUUUUUCCACUUACCACCCUGCCAUCACAGGCUCUACAAACGGAAGCCAUCAAGCUUUUUAAGACGUGUCAGCUCUUUAUUAAUGUGGCCAUUGACACUUCAGCCAUAGAUUAUCAUGUGACACUUGCCCAGUGUGCUCUACAAGUGUGUCUUACCCAUCCAGAGUUGCAAAAUGAGAUUUACUGCCAGCUAAUCAAACAGACAUGGAAGAAGCAGACAAACGGGCCACCUGGACCCCUGCAGGGUUGGCAGUUCCUGGCUCUGUGCGUAGGCCUUUUCCUGCCCACACACCCUAUUCUUUGGUAUUUACAGGUUCAUCUCAAAAGACAUGGAGAUUCCAGGACGGAAGUGGGAAAGUAUGCCAUCUAUUGCCAACGCUCACUGGAGCGGACGCAGCAAAAAGGGGAACGGCAAGCUCGAUCAUCACGAAUGGAGAUAUUGUCAAUCUUACUCAGGAACCCCUACCACCACUCUUUGCCCUUCAGCAUGCCUGUACACUUCCUUAACAACACUUAUCAGGUUGUCAGUUUUGAUGCUUCAACCACAGUGGAGGAGUUUCAGAGUCGGCUGAACCAGGACAUGGGCAUGAGAAAAACUGGUCAGUCUGGUUUCAGCUUUUAUUCUGAUGACCCCACUGGCAAAGACCUUGAGCACUGUCUUCAGGGAAACCUGAAGAUUUGUGAUGUUAUUGCAAAAUGGGAACAGGCUUCAAAGGAACAACACAGAGGCAAAGCAGAGAUUGCGAGGACUGUUAAACUCACUUAUAAAAACAGGUUAUACUUCUCCAAACAAGUGAGUGGAGAGACUGAGAGAGAGCGUUUGCUACUGGCAUACCAAACAAAUGAAGAAAUUACAGCUGGUCACUUCCCUGUCAACAAGGAGCUUGCUUUAGAAAUGGCCGCCCUGCUUGCUCAGGUGGAGUUUGGAGACUUCGAGCACCCAUUGUCUAGUCCAGGUGGUUCAGGAAAUACUCCGACUAAGUCUAACCAGACCCUGAGACAAGUUCUAGAGCGCUUCUACCCAAAGCAUUACCAACACACCUGCACUGAGGAAGAAAAUAGGCAGCUGAUACAGAGGCUUUCCACACGUUGGGCAUCUCUGAGAGGUCAGACUUCAUCGGAGUGCAUACGAAUCUACUUGACAGUGGCUCGCAAGUGGUCAUUUUUCGGAGCCAAACUAUUCGAGGCUGAAACCGUAACUCCAUCGGCAUUGAAGAAUGUGCGAGUUUGGCUGGCAGUACAUGAAGAUGGAAUCAGUGUGCUGGAAUUCAACGCAAUAAAAGUGCUUGCAUCCUACCCUUAUAAAAGCAUUGUGACGUUUGGAGUUUGUGGUGAAGAUUUUAAACUGGUAGUAGCAGAGAGUUCUGGCUCUGGCACAUCCAAAGGGAAGCAUCUGUUUGCCAUGACCUCAUCUAAGGUGAGAGACCUGGUGUUACUGAUAGCCAGCUACAUUAAAAGCACACAACAACACAUGGCAGCAGCACACCACCUGUCUGCCCCAGCCUUGCUACUGGCCCUGUCUGCAGAGAUGAAGAACAACGAGCCAAGAAGCAAGUCUCCACCAGUGGCCUGCAGGCCCUGUAAAGCACCUACUCUCCUGUAAUAUGGGCUGCAUGUGCUGGUGUUCAUUCAGAAUAUUUAUACAGUUGAUCCUGGUUGAUUUUAAAGCUUUUACUAGAAUCCAAAAAUGUUUUUCCGCUGCAGCCCUUGACACAGUAUUGAGUAAGAUCUCGUGAAGAUAAGUUUAGAUAAUUUAAAGUAUUUUUUUUACAUUUCUCCUCCACUUUCUAUUAGAUUACUAAUAUACAAUUUUAUUUAUUUAUAUUAUUAUUAUUAGUAGCAGUAGUAAUAGUAUGUAUAUAUCACUUACUGGCCAGUGUCCACUUUAUUAGGCACACCUUAUUAGUACCGUGUUGGACCUCCUUUUGCCUUCAGAACUGCCUUAAUACUUCAUAGCAUAGACUCAACAAGAUACUGGACAAGGUACUGGACUGUGUCGGCUGCACAUUUAUAAUGCGAAUCUCCUGUUCCACCACAUCCCUAAGGUGCUUUAUUGGAUUAAGUUCUGGUGACUGUGGAGGCCAUUUGAGUACAUCGAACUCGUUGUCAUUUUC